AUGGCCAACCGUCCGAACUUUAUUGAUCUGCGGUCGCAAUCGCAUGGUCCGUUGGGAAAUUCAGGUCUCGCAUCUCCAAGAAACCUCCCAUCACCACGUCUACACGUUGCGGGAGAUGUGCCGCCUGCACUUUCACCUCUCGAUGCCUUCGCAGCCCAAAGUCGGGCUUUGGCCAAGCAACUGGAGGAGAGUAUGCAAAGUGGAAGGCGGAUGAGCAGGCUCCCCCCUCUAGCCAUCGAGAAUUCUCUUAUCCAAGGACGGCCCAACUAUUUCCGCUCAUUGUCUGCAGAGGCUACACCCAUAUCACCACAGAAUGAAAGUCCUGGUCUUGGUAUCCAGCCAGAGGUGGAGGCUCCUUUAAAUCGGCCAGUGUCUGUUCAUCCAUCUCUUGGUGGUGCUCCUAUCCCGAGUAGCAAUGCGCCUCCUAUGCCCACACCCUCGCCACAAGCCGAGCUCCCACAAGAAGAGUAUCGAGGUAGGAAGCCAGAGGGUCGUUCUUCAUCCCAGGACCCUGGCUAUUUUGGAGUCCGUAGGGAACUGUCUCCUCCACCAUUGGAGCGAGACCAGAGAUUUCCAAAGAUGGACAUGGCUCCUCCAGUAUCGCAGUUGCGGUCGAAUGUCGACUCCGUUCGUGCACGCGCACAGCAUUAUCGCAGAGUAAAUGACAACUCUUUGGGCAUUAGCAAUUAUGAUUCCAGGGCUUUGGCACCACCUCGCUCACCGUACCGACAACCGAGAACCCCUAGUCCGCGGUCGAUGUCUAUCGAAAGUUCGGAUGAUGAUCUUCAUGGACCAAACCGUGGACACGGUCCUCGAGUUCUAUCUCCCCAUAGGGAAACCCAUCGCAAACUUUCAUCAAGUAGCGGAGUGUCUUUAUCUACAUCUCCUACCUCACCUAGCACGGGGCAUACUUAUUCUCAUGCCCAAAGAUCACCUUCUAUGAGUUCGGAAAUUUCUCUUGGGGGAACACGAUUGCCGCGACCGGCAUUCAAUUUUUCGCGACCUUUGAGUAGAGCAAGUGCUAUCAGUAUUUCCGCUGAUCCACCUGUGAGAAUGGAUACCCCUUCACAGCAAGUAGAUACACCCUCACGUCAGGCGUCCUCUGACAGCCAGCCGUCCUUUUUGCUGGAGGAUGAUACUGUUCACACACCUGUUAGUAUGCACAGCGAGGGGUUUCCUGAAAACGAAACGAGCGGUGCUCCAUCAUAUGUCUACUCUCGUUUCUCUCUCCCGAGGGGGAAGAUGCUCCAACGGAACUCGUUGAUAUUCCAAGAAAACCUGGGAACUACACAAAUUUCUUGGGAGCAACCGGUCAGCUUUUCUAAUGUACAGCCAUAUGGUGGCGCUCCACCCUCGCCACCUUCAAGACCAUCGACCUCGCACCACGUCAGACCCUCUGCUGACCGAUCGCGACCUUCAUAUGAUCCAUCUCUGGACGGGGGCCGUCCUUCAUUUGACCCACGAUCAGCGUCCAGCGAUUGGAUCCGGCCGUCAACUGAUUAUGGAACACCAUCGUUGAGCUCGUUGAGUACGGUUAAAGCUAAGUCUCAGCAUUCAACGACCGCGACAAUUGAUAUGUCCGCAGAGGAACAUGUUGCGAAGGCUAUCCAAUUCCAUGAAGAGGGCGCUUUAACAAAGUCAACAUAUCAUCUCCGCCUUGCAGCACGUCAGAAUCACCCUACUGGAAUGCUUCUUUAUGCUCUUGCCUGCCGACAUGGAUGGGGUUGUAGACCGAAUCAAAAGGAAGGUGUCGCUUGGUUGCGUAAAGCUGCAGACUCUGCGAUCCUGGAGAUUGCCGAUGAUGAGCAUUUGAUCAAAGAUGGGAAAACUGUUGAUGCCCUGGAAACGAAAACAAGAAAGGCUCAGUUCGCAUUGAGCAUCUACGAGUUGGGUGUCAGUCACAUGAAUGGGUGGGGAAUCGAGCAGGAUAAGGUUCUUGCAUUACGAUGCUUCGAAAUUGCUGGAUCUUGGGGCGAUGCUGACGCUCUUGCUGAGACUGGCUUCUGUUAUGCUCAAGGAAUUGGGUGUAAGAAGAACCUCAAGAAGAGUGCUCGAUUCUACCGACAGGCAGAAGCAAAGGGUAUUAGUAUGAUCGGAAACUCUUGGAUUUACAAGCCAAAAUACCAGGACGAUGAUGAAGCGACUGCUAUUCCAGAACCGCGCUUAUCGACCGAGACACAAAAGGAAAAGAAAAGCAAACACCACAUAUUUGGCAGGAACAAGUCCUAA